GAAGUAAGUUUUCAUUUUUAAUAGUUUUGGGAAAACGUUUUACAAAAAUUUAUCUCGAUUUGGUUGAUUCGCCUAAUAUUCUACUUUGAUUUAUUAUGUUUGUUGAUUUGAUAAGAUUAGACUGCAAGACUCUCUGCAUAGGUUUUUUAACGUCAUUCUAUUGAUAAAUUCGAACAAGUUAAUUAAGCCGAACUCAACUCGAUUUGAUAGUUGAAAAACAGAACCAACGUACAAGAAUCGGCAUGUCCCUCAUAAAACGCAUUACGGUAACUUAUGGUACGUUUGUGACCGCUAACUACCUAUCAAAUCACAUCCUUUUCCCGGAUAAAAAGCUUGACUAUGGAUUCCUCAACAGACUGAUUGGACGAGAAGUUAAUACUGAGUGGUGGGGAACGCGAAGCGCGCACAUCUUUACAAUCGGUAUACCACUAGCGAUUGCAGAUCAUUUGUCGAUUGAUUUAUGGAAUAAAGUGUUGAUUCCUCGUAUGAAAUAUCCAGCCGGAACAAAACUAUCAAUUGCUAAAACUCCGGGGCCAUUCUUAUUCCAUGCCGUGACAUUCGCAUUCACCGGUAUUAUGACAUAUAUUGCGUGGGACUCGUACGCAAAUCCGUACCAUAAGGAACGUGUACAAGCGUUCACAUCAAAAGCAUAUCCUGAACUACAAGGCUGCCAAUCAAUGUACAUGCUUCCACUUAUGUCGGGAGCUGUGGAAUAUCUAUCUGGCAGACCUUGUCCUCAUGGUACUCUAUUAGGGUUAAUACCUCCAACUUGUGCUUUCGUCACAGUGAAAGGUUUUGGUAUGAAGUGGCCGUGGAACGACAACCUCACAAAUUUUGAGAGAAAAUUGAACGCUGAGAAGUAGCUGGGCGCCUUGGGAUUCAACAAUCGUAAUAGCUGUGAGAAGCGUGAAGAGAUAACUUUGUGUUUGAUUUGAUUGAUUCAAUAAACAAAAAAUUCGAUGAAC